UAAAACCCUGAACACUCCAAAGUCCUCGUUACCGUGUCCCUAAAACCCUAAAAACACUUUCUCAGCUGCGACUCAGAGAAAUGGCCUUCACUGCCAUUCUUCGCAAAUCGGCUUCUUCUUUAGGCCCACUCGCGGGUAGACUCGUGGGGGGACAGAGAAAUUACCAUUCUGCCCUUUUCACGGCCAUAAACCACUCCAAUUUCUCUCGCAGGCCCUCUCUGAGAAGCCGUUUGUUUCCUAGCCUACACUACUCUUCGGCUGAGAAGAGGACGAGUGCCGAUGAGACCCUUAUUGAGGUGAUUAAUAAGGAUAUCGAAUUUUUGCGGCAGGCUGAUGAUCACGAUCGGGUCGAAAUGAUUCCUAGUGGUUUUCCUUUUGAAAUCGAAGAUAAUCCAGGACUUCAAACUGUAACACUGAAAAGAACGUAUCAAGGUGAAGAGAUAGAAGUGGAAGUUAACAUGCCUUAUCUAGUUACUGGGGAAGAUAAUGAUGAUCAUGAUGUUGAUGGUGAAAAGGCCAAUCAAUCUAGCUUGCCACUGGUUGUUAGUGUAUCUAAGAAGAGUGCACCUAGUCUAGAGUUUGGUUGCACUGCUUACCCCGAUGAAGUUGUGAUCGACAGCUUGUCGGUUAAACGUCCAGAAGUUUCAGAGGAGGAUGAUGUUGCCUAUGGGGGGCCUGACUUCCAUGAUUUGGAUGAGAACCUGCAGAAGGCUUUCCACAAGUAUUUAGAGAUAAGGGGAAUCAAGCCAAGCGCAAUUAAUUUCUUGCAUGAGUACAUGAUCAACAAGAACAGUAGAGAAGAAUUGAAUUGGUUGAAAAAACUUAAGAAUUUCGUUGAAGCCUGAACUUGUACCUAAUACAGCAACUUUGGUAGCAGAGGACUCGUGAAUUGUUGCUAAAAUCUACUCUUUGGUGGAAAACCUUGUGUUGGCUGAGGAAGGGUGGCAUAAAUGGGAGGCUUUUAUUGAGAAGUUAAUUAAGCUGCGUUUGAUAUGAAAAUGGAAGUGCUGUUUGACUUAAAAACCUACUAUAAUUGAAUGGGUCAGGUUCUUUUAA